GGCUUUAACAUUGAAGUUUUAACAUACAUGUAUCUACAACCAACAUUGAACUCUUAUAAAAUAUCCCUUACACACUCUUCUCUUUCCAAUCUUUACUCAAUACAAUAAAAGUCCCUCCAUCCUAGUUUUUCAACAUGCCCGGGACAACUGCAGUACCACUUGAUACUGCAAUGGUCAAUGGGUCUAACAAUGGCACCGACAAUGGCACCGACAAUGGCGUGAAUGGCCAUGUCCCUCGCACUCCCUCCUUAUCAGGCCUGUCUCUUACUGAGUACAGCGCCAACCCUUCGCCGCCAUCGGAGCGCAAACAAGACAAAAUUAGACAGAUCGUGCCAGAGGAAUACAUCUUGCCUAACGGUCACCCUGAUUAUCUUCGCCUAAUUCUUACUUCAAGAGUCUACGAAGCAUGCAAAGAAACCUCUCUUAUGCCCGCUAUAAACCUUUCUAAUCGGCUAGAAUGCAACGUCUUGCUGAAAAGAGAAGAUGAGCAACCCGUUUUCAGCUUCAAGCUACGAGGCGCUUACAACAAGAUGGCUCAUCUUGAUCGAAACCAAAGCUGGAAGGGAGUCGUCGCGUGCAGCGCUGGAAACCAUGCUCAGGGAGUAGCCUACUCGGCUAGGCUGCUCAAGAUACCCGCUACCAUUGUCAUGCCCUCGGGCACGCCAAGUAUCAAGCAUAAGAACGUCUCGAGACUGGGUGGCUGCGUGGUGCUUCAUGGCGCAGAUUUCGAUGCCGCUAAGGAAGAGUGCGCCAGGUUGGAACAACAACAUGGCUUGAUCAACAUACCACCAUUCGAUGACCCUUACGUCAUCGCUGGACAGGGAACCAUAGGCAUGGAGCUGUUGCGACAAACUAACAUUCAGAAGCUCGAAGCCAUAUUCUGUUGUGUAGGCGGAGGCGGCCUCAUUGCGGGCAUCGGUGUCUACGUUAAGCGCAUUGCACCACACGUCAAGAUCAUCGGAGUCGAAACUGAGGAUGCUAAUGCUAUGGUCCAAUCCUUGAGGCAAGGCAAGCGUGUGGUGCUCAAGGAGGUAGGCUUAUUCGCCGACGGCGCAGCAGUCAAGACAGUUGGCGAAGAGACCUUCAGAAUAUGUCAAGAGGUGAUCGACGACGUGAUUGAAGUAAACACGGACGAGACCUGCGCCGCUAUCAAGGAUGUGUUCGAGGACAGCCGAUCUAUAGUAGAGCCGGCGGGUGCCUUGGCCCUUGCUGGGCUGAAGAAAUGGGUUGUGGCCAAUCCGUCAAGCAACCCAAAUCGAUCAGUCAUAGCCAUCACGAGCGGUGCGAAUAUGAAUUUUGACAGGUUGCGCUUCGUAGCCGAGCGUGCUACUCUCGGUGAAGGCAAGGAGGCUUUACUCCGGAUUAGUAUCCCAGAGCGGCCGGGAGCCUUUGCCGAGCUGAUCAACCACGUCAUGCCUCACGCCGUAACAGAGUUCUCCUAUCGGUAUGCUACUAGUGAAGUUGCCCACAUCCUGAUCGGUAUAUCGUUGACUGGCGCGACGUCGGAAAGGACCGAGGCGCUUCAGGCGCUGAUGAACCGGACCAACAACGCGGGUAUGGCUGCUACGGACCUGUCGGGCGACGAACUUGCCAAGUCACAUAUCCGCUACUUGGUGGGUGGUCGGUCAGAUGUCGCAGAUGAGAGGCUAUACAUGUUCACAUUCCCCGAACGCCCCGGGGCACUCGAGAAGUUCUUGAAGACGCUACGGCUGAGGUAUAACAUCAGCCUAUUCCAGUAUCGGAAUGGUGGUAGCGACGUAGGUAAGAUAUUAACGGGCAUACAAUGCCCCGAAGCAGACGUGGUGGAUCUAGAGAAGUCGUUCAAAGAGAUCGGAUAUCCAUGGGAAGAUUGUACGCAGAGCGACGUUUUUAAGACUUUCUUGAGAACCUAAUUCCAAUUAUUUGUCAAUAAUCAACAUGAUGCGUAUUGCGCAUCCUGCUGGUUAACAGGGUUGGGUACAGAUUAUGAUAGAUAAUGAUACCUUAGAAAGUAUAAAUUUGGCGGUUUCGAGUGUUUCGGGGGUUUCGAGGUUUCGAGGUUUCGAGUAUAAUAUAAAAUUACUGCUAGGUAUAAUACUUACAUAGUACCUAGGGCAGUGAGGUAUCUAUGUAGUGUACCUAAGGUAGGCGGGGGGAUUUGAGAAGAGUUGCAACGAGUUGUCCAGCUUUGAUAAUAACUACAUAAAUGCAUAAUAUCCAAAAAAUGAGUGGA